UAUCACAGCUUUUUAACGUUACCCUCAAGGUUAUUCAUUCGUUUCUUUUUAUGGAGUUAGUUUUUUAAACUGUACAUUCAGCACCCCUAAGAGAUGAACAGCUCCUCAAUAUACCUUUCAUCAUUCUUGAUAUUUUUAAAGCAAGAGGUGACAAAAGUAGUUCUUCUACCCCUUUGCACUUCUUGCCUUCAAAACCUUUUGGAAAAUAACUUCUGCUCUGUAUUGAAAACAUAAACACGAUGGAGCAAUCCGCACAUUCAUAGCAGUGUAAACAGGUUUUAAAAGGCAAUUGUUUGCUUUUAAAUGAGUGCAUUAAAUCCGUUGCUAAUCAAACGAGAAAAAAAGUAACGUAGUGUCUUAGCAUUGGCUGAUUGAUGAGAUGUCACAGUAAAACUGAAUAAUAACACAAGAGUCAACCACCACAUAUGGAUCGAAAGAUGAAUUGAAAAACAAGAAAAUGUAGUAAUCAUAACAGUUUAGUAGUCUAGCUAGAAACUAUGUAGAAGCAGAGUGCAUGCAGUGUGAGCUAUUAAAGGUUCCUCCGUGCAUGCCCAUAUGUGAGCAAGUACAGGUUGAAGCGGGCUCCGCGGAGAACAUUCACAGUUGUAGCUAUUUGAAAUGAAGACUGGUGCAAAUCGAUUUCUUAGAAAGGAUACAUUAAAACAGCAGGUGGUCAAUCGCAAGCACCAUCUAUCAUCGUCUGAGAUGUUUUUUUGCAAACAUUAGAUGCUGAUUUGUACCAGGGUCACGGCCCAGAAUCGAUUUGCAACGUGUACCUGGGGUAAAAAUAGUGGCCUGAAAAGCAAAGCAGCAAAUCUCCCGGUGUGAACAAGCAUGGCAGAUGUGCAGAGCUGACAAGUGUUUGUCACACAGCUGUCUGUCUACUCAAAGAGCUGACAAAUGUCUUCCAGAAGGUGACAAACCCUCAGGGAUGAGCCAUGCUAGGACACUUUAACUCCUAAUUCUCUUUAACCCCUCUGUUUUUGCUAGCAACACUUAUGAAAGGUGUAAUUUCACUUCUCUAAACCUGACAGAAAAGGGGCGGAAAUUCAAACUGCUAUUCUAUGAAUGUCCGCCCUUUUGUUUCUGAUCCUAACGUAAUUGUUUCUGCUGCUCUUGCUCAUGAACACAAGAUGUUUGAGAACAUUAAACACUUGUGCAGCACUCACUGACAGCAUACUUGUCUAAGUUGCACCCGCCCCUGACGCCCAAGGGUCAAAAGAAGAUUCGUGAGAAGUUUGCCCAACCAACUGAAUGUGAAAAUUGAGAAAACGUGAAUAUUAUCAAGCAACCAAAUAUGCCAGUUUUUAUUAGGGAAACUGGAGCUGGGUGGAUAACAAUUAACUGGAUUGCAUAGACAUUUUAAGAUAUGGUUUGAAAAUGUCUUGGACAAGAGCUUGAUUUUUGCACUCGCCACAAAAAAAAAAACAUCCCUCAGUAAAACACUGCCAUUCCUUGAGUUGUAUUUAUUUAUUGUAUGUUGGUUCCUCUAUCUUUGUGUUGAAAAAAUCCCGGCUCAGCAGCUUUGCUAUAGUCAGCAUUCAAGACGAGACGACCACAAAGAUAACACAUAAUGAAUAUGAGUAGAAUAUUCUAUGAACAACUAAUUUAGAUACUGCAAUCAAAGUAUCCUGUCCAUGUAAAUAUAUGCAUGUCUAAUGUUCAUUUUCCAUGGCUGAGGGGCAAUGGGGUCACUUUCAUAACGUGCGCAGGUAUUUGAGACAUGAACAAAAUUUAACAUCUGUGGUGUCAGGGGUCACAAGCGGCAGUCGUCUCUGCGUGAGUGUGAAAGACAAAUAAUUCGACCGAGCAGGUGUUGUUAGCCUCUGACGCAAAACAUGUUUGAAAUGUCUGUCAGUUUCCACGUAUCAUCCAAAGCUAUUUGACAACAACAUAGCAUAUAGCAAAAGUCUUGGUUUCAGUUUGCACGUGCCCACAUUUUGUGAAGGCCAGCACGCAGAGGCUAAAAACAGCAAUGAUUGAUGCAGAGCUGUGAUGAAUUAUGCCAGCCAUGGCAGACAUGUACGAUUGCUUCCACUUGGCGAUGAAGAUUCAGUUUCAUCAUCCUCAUCAACUUCUUGUCCUUCCGCAAAUUUGCUACCUUGUUAGGAUCUGCUGUGAUCUAUUAGCCCCCCUCAAAACAAGAUGCAUGUGUUUUGCAUUGAAGCAUCUCAUUUCAGUAGAUUAAUAUUAGGCUUGAUUUUUUUUUUUCUGGCGGACUGGGCUACCACAGAUCAGCAAAUAAAAUAAAAUAAGUGGUGGUGAGCUGAUUUUUGAAUUAGGGCUGUUGGAAAAGGAAACCAUAUAAAACAGGCAUGAUAGAGGACCUCCCUUUGACAGGUACAAAUGACCUGCCCCCUCUCAGUUUUAGAGAAAUAAAAUGCCCCUUAGGCAUAUCAAAAUAUUUUAUAGUCAUAUUGCUAUAUUGUAUAAUAGGACGAAUUGGAUUUUUAUUUUAUUUUUUAAAAAGAGUACGUUUGAGCCAAUUUGCAUGUUCAAAAAUGAGCAACUGGCUGCAUCAACAAUGUUGUUCUUGAGAGGGCGCAGCCGCGUGUCAGUCGGUGUCAGGGCAGGAGCGUCCUCGACUGCUGCAUUCUGGAUGUCGCCCCGACGGCUGGUAGAGCAAAACACGCUCAUUUUCUACCUUCUUAUUACAACGACGGGAGAGACAAAGUGACGUCCACAAUGCUCCGUCUUCUGGUCUUCUUAUUUGCGCUGCUGUGUAUUUGCAGCGCCAACAAAUGGAGAAAGAAUUUUAAAUGUCCUUCAGGAUGUUCGUGCACGAAAGAGACUAUCAUGUGUGUCGGCACCUCGCAUGUCCCGCGAUCAGUCCCGAGUGACAUCAACUCGCUGAGCAUCGUAAACGGCUCCAUUGCAGAAAUCCCAGAGGGGAUGUUUUCACUCAUGCCUUCUCUGCAGCUAUUGCUUCUAAAUGCAAACUCUUUGACCACAAUUAAAGAUGAUGCUUUCUAUGGUCUUCCAAAUCUGGAAUAUUUGUUCAUUGAAGGGAAUAAGAUUGAAACUAUCACCAAAAAUGCCUUCCGUGGUCUGCGAGAUCUAACUCAUCUAUCCCUUGCCAAUAACAAAAUGAAAUUCCUGCCAAGAGACCUGUUUUUUGACUUGGAUUCAUUGCUGGAACUAGAUCUACGAGGCAACGCCUUCCAGUGCAACUGUGAGAACAAGUGGCUGAUGACGUGGCUAAAAAACACAAACGCCACAGUGUCCGACAUCUUCUGUGCAGGUCCCACUGACAUGAAGGGCAAGCGUCUCAAUGACCUUCCCAUUGCACAAGACCAGUGCAUGUCUACAGACUUUGUACGUCGCCAGUCAAUUCCGAUUCAGUCCAUGUCAGCGGACAUCUUCUCCGUUAAGGAGGACAUCUAUGUGGCCAUGGCUGCGCCCAACUCAAACAGCUGCGUGGUCAUGGAGUGGGAUCACAUCGAAAUGAAUUUCCGAAAAUUUGACAACAUCACAGGUAAGUCUGUCGUUGGGUGCGCGUCAAUCCUCGUCGACGAGCACGUCAUGAUUAUCGUCACGCAGCUCUUCGGGGGCUCUCACCUUUACAAGUUUGAUGAUCAGCAGAACAAGUUCACCAUGUUUCAAUCCAUUGAGGUCCUCAAUAUCUCCAAACCAAAUGACAUUGAGGUCUUCCGCAUGGAUGAAGAGUGGUACUUUGUAAUCGUAGACAGCUCCAAAGCAGGCUUGUCUACUCUUUACAAGUGGACUGACCAACCAGAUCAGAACCAAACCGGGUUCUAUACUUAUCAGUUCCUGCAUGAAUGGUUCCGUGAUACAGAUGCCGAGUAUGUCGAAAUGGAAGGAAAGUCCUACCUCAUUUUAGCCAGCCGUUCUCAAUCGCCUGUCGUCUAUUUGUGGAACAAGAGCACCUUAAAGUUCAUGCUUCACAGUGAAUUCCCAAAUGCGGAGGACGUGGUGGCGGUCAAAGCUUUCCGAGUGGAAAAUGAAUUGUAUUUGGCUAUGACCUGCUUCAUUGGUGACUCCAAAAUACUCAAAUGGACCAGUAAGCAGUUCACAGAGAUGCAGGCCCUUCCUUCUCGUGGGGCGAUGGUUCUCCAGCCGUUCUCCUUCACGGACAGACACUACCUUGCUUUAGGCAGCGAUUACUCCUUCACUCAAAUCUACCUCUGGGACAGUGAGACCAAAACCUUCCAGAAGUUCAAGGACAUCUAUGUGCAGUCUCCACGGUCCUUUACUGCAGUCACCACUGACCGCAGGAAUUUCAUCUUCUCUUCAAGCUUUAAGGGCAAGUCAAUGGUCUUUGAGCAUAUUGUGAUAGAUUUAAGCUUAUAAGUCAAAAUACCCACAUUGUGUCUCAAUCUGAUAGUAUAUGUGAGACGAGAAUACUCCAUUAGAAUUCCUGCACUAAUGCAGGUUUCCAGAAGAAUUCCGAAGUAAGAAAAUGAACUUUUUCCGGAAAUGGUUCAGUCGAGUUGGCUCCUUGCAUCAGUGCCAAUGCAAUACGAUAAAGUGCUCUGCAUACAUGCACUGUAUGGCUAUGCUCAUUGUACAGUAAUAGCUAUAGAUUUAUGCUUUUAAUGUAAUUUUGUUGUACACAAUUUUGCCAAAAAUGAAAGACAUUGAUAAGAAAUAUUUGCACUCUGACAGAUUAUUUGGCUGUGUUGCAAUUGUGUACUAUGCUAGUAUAUGUAUUUGUCCAGUAACUCUGGUGACAUGAUGUGCAUGGUCCUCUUACUCUCCCUUGGAUUAGUGGGGCUGUCUAUAUAAGGUGCUCAACACAAAUAUACAUUGACUUAUGCAAAAUGCAAAACACAAGUCUAAGCUGUUAUUGAAAUGCUUCUUGUGGUGCCUCUUCCAUAUUUUUUCAUUGCAAAAUGCAGGACAGUAAAUUGUUUGUUUUAGACAACCUCUUCACUUGACCAAUAGAGGUGUGUACCUUGAUGAUUAUAGUAUCUGAUGAAUGUACUAGUAAUGCUAAUAAUAUGCAUUUCAUGAAAAUCAAAUCCUUUAUUCGUGCAUUAAUAAACAAAUGAUGACCACAA